AUGUCUGUCAUCGACACCACAAAGGACCUGUCGGCACUCUUUACAAAACAGGUCCAAGCUACCCCGGAUCUGAUUGCCUUAGAGGACGACAAGCAUACAUAUACGUACCAGGAACUCCACGACAAGGUCGCUGCCCUCGUCGACCGGCUGCGGGGUCAUGGGGUCGGCCGUGAUAGCUUGGUUGGGGUCCUAUUGCCGCGAUCCGCCGACUAUGUAAUCGCUUGUUUAGCAGCUCUACGCGCAGGUGGUGCAUUCUUGGUUCUGGAACUAGCAUACCCUCCCGAUCUUCUCGCAGAUGUACUCGAAGAUGCCCAGCCUACAGUUGUCGUUACCAUUAGCGCCGAGGUUGGCAAGAUCAAGGGAAACACCCCGCUUGUUGUUUUGGACGAAGCAAGCUCAGCCAGCAACGGUCACGUCGAAGAAUCUCAAUUAAAACCAUUCCCCGAAGACACCGACUUGGAUCGCCUGGCGUUUGUUGCCUACUCCAGUGGAACAACCGGCAAGCCCAAAGGUAUCGCCAACCCCCACAGAGCGCCUGUUCUCUCAUAUGAUCUUCGAUUUGGUCUCUCCGACAUACAGCCGGGCGACCGAGUAGCCUGCAAUGUCUUCUUCGUAUGGGAAAUCUUACGCCCAUUGCUACGAGGAGCGACUGUUGUUGCCGUUCCUGACGAAGCAAGCUAUGACCCACGUAUGCUGGUCGACUUGCUCGCCUCAAAGAAGAUCACCGAAACACUGUUCACGCCAACCCUUUUCUCUGCUGUCCUUGCUCGCCACCAAGCAUUAGAGACCCGCUUGCCGAACCUGAAGACUAUUUGGCUCAAUGGAGAAGUCGUGACAACAGACCUCGCACGCCGCGGUAUCAAGGCACUUCCAAACACUCGUCUACUCAAUGUGUAUAGCGCAUGUGAGACACAUGAGAUCGCUUGUGGCGACAUUAAAGAUAUGCUCGAGAAGCUCGACAAGGAUGCACCGUAUUGUCCAGUAGGACCGCCACUCAUCGACAAGAAGUACAUCUACAUCCUAGACGAGAGUGGCCAGAAGGUCGACGAGGGCGAAAACGGUGAGCUCUACGUGGGUGGCCAUUUGCUUGCACGAGGAUACCUCAACCGUCCUGAGACGACGGCCGAAGCGUUCAUUCGUAACCCGUUCAGCUCAAAAGCUGGUGCUCGUAUGUACAGGACCGGCGACAAGGCGCGUCUCCUUCCAAACGGGCUGCUCGAGAUCACCGGACGUGUCGGUGCUAUGAUCAAGAUUCGUGGAUACUCGGUGGUCCCAGGUAAGGUUGAGAGCGCAAUUCUCAACCAUUUGGCAGUUAGCCAUUGCGCUGUCGUACCCUUUGGUGAGGGCAUAGACAGACAACUGGUGGCGUACAUCGUGCGGGACAAGGAGACAUCGGCAGAACGCCCAGAAGUCGAAAUCGACAGAACAGGCCGCAGUUCGACUGCGAGACGUAUGCUCAUGUCAUACCUGGCCCAUUACAUGAUACCUGCGCUUUGGGUCGAGAUGGAUAAUCUGCCCACCAGCGAUGUGUCUGGCAAAGUCAACUUGAAGGCGCUUCCUCCGCCGAGACCAGCAUCCCCAUCGGGUAGUGCACGAAAGUAUGAGCAGAGCCCAAUCACUAUUGAGCAGAUUACCCAAAUCUGGGCAUCUAUCCUGGGCGUAAGCGCAAGCUCAAUCACUCCCGAAUACAAUUUCUUCGACCUUGGAGGUCACUCGCUCCUCCUAGCUGACCUUGCUGCACGCUUGUCGAAUACUUUUGGAUUCAGAGUACCGGUUGCACGCUUAGCCACUCCAGCAACGCUUAAUGGGCACCUGGAUACCGUUCGUGCCAUUCGCGACGGGCAUACCGCCGAGGUGCAAGAUAACCUUCCUGCUGUCCUACGUGCAGACUCGGUUCUUGAUAAGGAUAUCCAGCCGAAAGACGCCAAGAUUUCUGCGCUCAAGGACGCAAAGACCGUACUUCUUACUGGUGUCACCGGUUUCUUGGGUGCUUUUCUUCUCCGGGAUCUGCUCGAGGGCACGUCUGCACAAAUCAUCUGUAUGGUUCGAUUUUCCGACUCUUCGCAAGACGACAUCCCUGCCGGCAUUGCCAGGAUACGCAGGAACUUGCUGGACUUUGGACUUUGGAGCGACAAUAUCAUGGAGCGUGUAGAGAUUCUCCCCGGAAACUUGUCUCGCAAGCGCUUCGGCCUCGCACCUGACACAUUCAAAGCACUAGCAGAGCGUCUUGAUGUGAUUGUACAUGCCGCUGCUACUGUCAACUUGGUUUAUCCGUACGCUGCUCUACAAAAGCCAAACGUUGGCGGUACGAGGGAGGUUCUUCGCCUGGCCGCUCAGGGCGGUGCCACUGUACAAUACAUAUCUACCAACGGAGUACUCCUUCCAGCAAAAGGCCGAGAAGGAUGGUCAGAAGAUGCCAUGCUUGAGAUUGAUGACGUUAUCAAGCUUGCGGACGGUUACGGUCAGACCAAGUGGGUCGCUGAGCAGCUUGCCCUCGAGGCUGGUCGGAGAGGUCUCCCCAUCAAGAUACAUCGCCUCGGUACUAUCAGCGGUCACAGUGAGACGGGUGCAGCCAAUGCAUGGGAUCUCCUGACAGCCAUGAUUGUUGAGUCUAUCAGGAUCGGGCACUACCCCGACGUGAAGGGUUGGCGUGCCGAGAUGACACCCGUCGAUUUCGUCAGCAAGGCUAUCGUUCAUCUCAGCAACCAGACCGAGACUGAGCAGACAGUCUUCCAUAUCGGAGACCCAGACCCCGUAGAUAUAAGUCAGGUCUUCGAUGACCUCCGCAUUCUUGGUUACCCGACUGAGCCGAUGGAGUUCGAUAAGUGGACAGCCCUAUGGGACGAUAAGCGAGGUGCUGCCAAGGGUGGUGAUGGUGCUUUCACAGUAGAUAUUCUUCGAAGCGGUAUGCCCAGCAUCGAGUUCUUGAGAGAUGUCGUGGUGCUUGACAAUGCAAAGACAAGGCCACUACGUCUGGCUGUAGAGCGCCCGAAGGUCGACCAAGUACUCCUCGAAACAUACACACGUCACUGGUACGCCCGAGGCUGGCUUCCAAAGCCCCCUAUCCACCAAGCCGCUGCGGGUGGCUCCGCUAGACUUCCCAGAAGAGGCCCUCUAUUCGGGAAGGUCGCCGUCGUCAUGGGUGCAUCCUCUGGUAUUGGCGCCGCUACCGCCGCAGCACUCGCCCGAGAAGGCUGCCACGUCGCGCUCGCAGCCCGUCGCAUCGACGCCCUCGAAGACCUGAAAAAGCGCCUCGCAGUCCGCGAGGGCAAGAUCAUCACGCAAAAGACAGACGUCACCAACAAGACCCAAGUCGAAGAGCUCGUCGCCGCAGCAGAGAAGCAGCUCGGCCCCAUCGACAUCUUCGUCAACAUCUCGGGCGUCAUGUACUUCACCAUGAUGGCGAACUCGUACACCGACCAAUGGAACCAAACUGUCGAUGUGAACUGCAAGGGUAUCCUCAACGUCAUCUCUUCCAUCGUCCCCACCAUGCUCAAGCGCGGAAAAGGCCACCUCCUCGCCAUCUCCUCAGACGCAGGACGCAAGGUUUUCCCUGGCCUGGGCGUCUACUCCGCAUCCAAGUUCUUCGUCGAAGCCACACUGCAGAGUCUGAGGCUCGAGACUGCUGGCACAGGCCUGAGGGUUACUUCCGUGCAGCCUGGUAACGUGGCCACGGACCUCUUGGGCAUGAGCACAGAUGCUGAGGCGCUGAAGAAGUUUGGUGAGCCGAGUGGGGCUAAGGUGCUGGAUCCGGAGAAUGUAGCAGAGUGUAUCGUAUACGCUCUUAAGCAGCCCGAGCAUGUUAGUGUUAACGAGGUGCUUAUCGAGCCAAGAGAUGAGCCUAUUUAGAUGGGUGGUGAUGUGUCAUCUGAGCAGGUCAGGGCUGUCAUGGUGUUUAUGAAGCCACAAAAAUAGAGCAUAAGAUAGAAGAUAGAGCUAUAGGUUGACAGAAUUACAGACAACUUCAUCAUGCGGGUAUAUUACCCUUCCACUUCA